AUGAGUUUCCUUGCUGAUGGAAUGCCUUUGGCCUCAGUUGUGAAUGAGGGAAUAUUAGGCACAGGAAUCAGUAUCAAAGAAGAGCUCAGCGAAGAUAUUUCCAAGGAUAUUUGUUUAGAAAUUAAAGAAGAACAGCUCGAUUACGCAGAUCAUGAGAGAGAUGAAGUGAGCGACAUGAAAGAUUGUUGGAACAACAGUUCACCAAAAGGGGAUCAGGCGAUACAUAAGGAAAGUCUUAGGGAUACAGAACCAGAAGUAGAACCGACGCUGAAGCGUCUUGUAUGUGAGGCGUGCGGCAAGAAAUUCUCUAAAAGGAGAUAUCUCAAUAUUCACAUGAGAGUCCACACAAAGGAGAAGCCCUACAGAUGUGAUAUUUGCGACAAGGGCUCUCCAUCAAAAAACAAUCUAGUAAAGCAUAUCAGAGUACAUACAAAGGAAAAGCCAUACAGCUGUGAAAUCUGCAACAAGGCCUUCUCGGAGAAAGGUCCUCUAGUAACGCACAUGAGAAUACACACAAAGGAGAAGCCAUUCAGCCGUGAGAUUUGCAACAAGGCCUUCUCACAUAAAAAUAGUCUUGUUAGGCACACGAGAGUACAUACAAAGGAGAAACUAUACACCUGUGAGAUUUGCAACAAGAACUUCUCACAUAGAGAUAGUCUAAUCAGGCAUAUGAGUGUGCACGCAAAGGAGAAGCCAUUCAACUGCGAUAUUUGCCUUAAGGCCUUCCCUUCCAAAAGCGUUCUAACAAGGCAUAUCAAAGUACAUACAAGGGAGAAGCCAUAUAGCUGUGAGACCUGCAGCAAGGUCUUCCCAGAAAAAGGUCACCUGGCAACACAUAUGAGAGUACAUACAAAAGAAAAGCCAUACAGCUGUGAGGUUUGCAACAAAGCCUUCUCGCAUAAAAUCAAUCUAGUUAUCCAUGUGAGAGUACAUACAAAGGAGAAGCCAUACAGCUGCGAGGUUUGCAGCAAGGCCUUCUCACAUAAAUCUAAUCUAGUUAUCCACAUGAGAGUACACACAAAAGAGAAGCCGUAAGGCUAUGAAGCUUUUUAUGAAACUGUUACCUAAUGCAAAAUCCUUAUAUAAAACUGUUACCUAAUGCUAAAUCUUUUCACGAAACUGUCAGCUGGUGCCAAGUACGAGAGAACGCCCAAAAGAGGAGCCAAACGGACGUGAUAUUUGCAACGGGAAAAAUAGAAAGCUAAUCUGUUGAGCCAGUUGAGGGUACAUGCAAAGGAGAAUCCCAACCGAUGUACAGUAGUACAAAUAAAGGAAAAGCCUCAUCUCUGCGAGGUUUGAAACAAAGGCCUUGUCACAGAAGGUGAGAAGAGAUAAGGUUGAGAAUUUGUUUUCUCAGAGGAAAUGUGGGUCAUACUGGUGAAUACACACAAACCAGAACCAUAGAGAUAUUCGCUUGACCUUAUAUUUCUGAGGUCUAGAGACAUGCUUUCACUUAGAGAAGACAGAGAAGAUAACUGCAUCGAAGAGCAUAUUUUAUCUAAGAGGAGCACUCUUUCCCUUAACAUUUUUGGGGAAAAAUUGCCCGAAAUUUUGGUGGAUAUCAUUAUCUGAUUUAUGGACGUGAUGUGUAAUUCUUGCCCGGCAUAAUGAACUUUCAUGUGUUAUGAUUUGUAUUUAAGUGUCCAUGGAUUUUUUUUUGUUCAAGUAAACUCAUGUCUGCUGUUGCUAAUUAUAUAAAUAUGUAUGUGUUUGGUUGAGUGUAUAUUUAUAUAUAUGUAUAUGUAUGUCUAUGUGUGUGUGUAUGAAUAUAUAUUAAAUAAAGUAGUUUUAUAAUUGAAUUCCCUCACAUAAGUAAAUUAAUUUUUUAGUUUUUUUUAAAGUUUUGUAAUAAUCAUUAUUGAUAAAUAUUAUGAUCUGAAAAUACAAAGGAAUUAUAUAGUACAAUAACGAGAUGGAAUUGCCAGAUGUAAAUAAUGCUGAGCCAGCGGUCUCGAACUGGAACUUGGAGGUGAGACGCAUGGUCUUGCGGCAUUUU